GUGCUCAGGAUUAUUAUGGGAUGUCUACCCCCUGAUCUCUUUGUGUAUGUGAGGAUGUUAGCUUCUGGUCACUGACGACGCUGGAGAUUGGAACCGGGGAAGAGUGGACGACGUCUCCAAAGCAUUAAAGCAUUUAAUAGCUUUUCCCGAAAGUUACUAUUUAUCUACCAGACUUAACAAAUAAAUUCUUAUCUAAAAUAAUCCUACUGAAGCGUCAACUAUCUGUACCUUGGACUGACCUGUAAAUGCCUGGACAUUAACACCACGAUGUCAGGAAGUGAAGACGACAACAGAGACCAUUUUGGAUCCUCGCGGGAUGGGAAGUCUCUGGGACACGAUGUGCUUCCCAGUGAGCCUAUCCCCGAGGUGGACAUGCCAAAGUCCAAGAAGAAGAAGAAGGCCAAGAAGAGCAGGGAGAGCAGAAGCAGACGGCAGAAAUCCCUCAGAGAGGACGUGGCCAUGAGUGUGAGCUCUCCUGAAGCCCUGGAAGCCUUGCGACUGGUGGAGGAGGAGGAGGAGGAGGAAGAGCGGGAUCUGCAGUCUGAGAGUGAGGGCAGUGACUAUGCCCCCAGCAAGAAGAAGAAAAAGAGGUCAGGCUCUUCCAAGGAGCGCAGGAGAGGAGAGAAAUCUUCCGGUGUCCCAUCCACAAUGAAGAACAAGCGGAAAGACCCGGAACCAGACGAAGAGGAUGAUGAGGAUGACGAUGACGACAUAGGGCAGGAGCCCAAGUCAUCCUCCCAGCUGCUGGCGGACUGGGGUAUGAAGGACAUCGAUUAUACCUUCACACAGGAGGAUUAUCACACUCUCACCAACUACAAAGCUUUCAGCCAGAUGGUCAGGCCCCUGAUAGCUGCUAAGAAUCCGAAGAUUGCUGUGUCAAAGAUGAUGAUGGUGUUGGGGGCAAAGUGGCGUGAGUUCAGCACCAACAACCCAAUGCGCGGCUUGGCGAGCACUAAUGCUGCCCUGGUGGUGGCCUCUGCAGCAGCAGCUGUAGGGAGCAUGGUAACACCCCCUGGGGCAGAGCCAGCUCUGCCUGUGGCAGCCACCCUGGUAAGCACCCCCUCAUCUACCCCGACAACCACCCCUGCAACCACCCCGGCAACCACGUCAGUAACUGCACCAACACCUGCCCCUCAGACCUCUGUUGCACCGCCCCUGCGCAAAGCCAAGACCAAAGAAGGCAAAGGCCCAAAUGCACGUAGGAAGACCAAACCCAAACCCCAAGACAAGAAGUCCAAACCCAAGAAAGUCGCACCUCUCAAAAUUAAGCUGGGCAGUUUCAAGAGGAAAAGAUCCUCAAGUGGUGAGGAAGAUGAUGGAGACAGUGAUUUUGACAGUUUUUCGGUGAGUGAUGGGUCCAGCCGCAGUAGCAGAACUAAGAACAAGAAAUCCAAGAGCUCCAAGAAGAAGAAGAAAGUGGCCGAAGAUGCUGAUGGCUAUGAGACAGAUCACCAGGACUACUGUGAAGUGUGUCAGCAGGGCGGGGAGAUCAUUCUGUGUGACACCUGCCCCAGGGCCUAUCACAUGGUCUGCCUGGAUCCAGACAUGGAGAAAGCCCCUGAGGGCACCUGGAGCUGCCCCCACUGUGAGAAGGAGGGUAUUCAGUGGGAGGCACGUGAGGAGAGCUCUGAGGGAGAGGAGGAGAAUGAUGAAGGUCGGCGGGAGGAUGGAGCAAUGGAGGAGGAGGACGACCACCACAUGGAGUUCUGCCGUGUGUGUAAGGACGGGGGCGAGUUGCUCUGCUGUGACACCUGCCCCUCCUCCUACCACCUGCACUGCCUCAACCCGCCCCUGCCAGACAUCCCCAACGGGGAGUGGAUUUGCCCCCGCUGCCGUUGUCCUCCACUAAAGGGCAAAGUCCAGAAAGUUUUGACUUGGCGCUGGGGAGAGGCUCCGCCCCCAAUGCCAGUGCCCCGCCCUCUGGACCUCCCAGCCGACGCCCCGGAUCCUCCUCCCAUGAUUGGUCGCAAGGAGAGGGAGUUUUUUGUUAAGUGGUGUAACAUGUCCUACUGGCACUGUUCAUGGGUACAGGAACUUCAGUUGGAGUUGAAUUGCCAGGUAAUGUUCCGUAACUUCCAGCGUAAGACAGAUAUGGAGGAGCCCCCCUGUCUUGAUCUGGGGGCUGAGGGUGAUGAAGAUAAAAGCACCAAGAGGAAGAGCAAAGACCCACUGUAUGCGCGCAUGGACGACGAGUUCGGUCGAUAUGGUGUCAAGAUGGAGUGGCUUCUUAUACACCGCAUUCUCAACCACAGUGUGGAUAAAAAAAAUAAUGUCCACUAUCUGAUUAAAUGGCGGGACCUGCCAUACGACCAGUCAUCAUGGGAGAGUGAGGACAUGGAGAUCCCUGACUAUGAAACCUACAAGCAGCACUACUGGAACCACAGAGAGCUGAUGAUUGGGGAUGAAGGAAGACCAGGGAAGAAGUUAAAGAAAGUGAAAGUGCGGAAGAUAGAGAAGCCCCCUACAAACCCUGUGGUGGAUACCACCAUAAAGUUCGACAGGCAACCGGACUACCUGGACUCCACUGGGGGCACCCUGCACCCCUACCAGCUGGAGGGCCUAAACUGGCUGCGCUUCUCCUGGGCGCAGGGCACUGAUACCAUCCUGGCGGACGAGAUGGGUCUGGGCAAGACCGUGCAGACUGCUGUGUUUCUCUACUCACUCUACAAAGAGGGUCACUCCAAGGGGCCUUUUCUUGUCAGUGCCCCCUUGUCCACCAUCAUUAACUGGGAGCGUGAGUUUGAGAUGUGGGCUCCGGACAUGUAUGUGGUCACCUACGUGGGAGACAAGGACAGCCGAGCUGUGAUCCGAGAGAAUGAGUUCACCUUCGAGGACAACGCCAUCCGCGGCGGGAAGAAAGCCUCCAAGAUGAAGAAGGAGGCGUCUGUGAAGUUCCACGUGUUGCUAACCUCCUAUGAGCUGAUCACCAUUGACCAGGCCAUCCUGGGCUCCAUCGACUGGGCCUGCCUGGUGGUGGAUGAGGCACACAGACUCAAAAACAACCAGUCCAAGUUUUUCCGGGUGUUGAAUAAUUACCCUCUCCAGCAUAAACUCCUGCUGACUGGAACCCCCCUACAGAACAACCUGGAGGAACUCUUCCACCUGCUGAAUUUCCUCACGCCCGAGAGGUUUAAUAAUCUGGAGGGCUUUUUGGAAGAAUUUGCUGACAUCGCUAAAGAGGACCAGAUCAAAAAACUACAUGACAUGUUGGGACCUCAUAUGCUCAGACGACUGAAGGCAGACGUGUUCAAACACAUGCCCUCAAAAACAGAGCUCAUCGUCCGUGUGGAACUCAGCUCAAUGCAGAAAAAGUACUACAAAUAUAUCCUGACGCGUAACUUUGAGGCACUGAACACACGGGGCGGUGGGAACCAAGUCUCUCUGCUCAAUGUGGUGAUGGACCUUAAGAAGUGUUGUAACCACCCCUACCUCUUUCCCACGGCUGCUAAUGAAGCUCCUAAAAUGCCCAAUGGGAUGUACGAAGGCGGGUCUCUCACAAAGGCUUCUGGGAAAUUGAUGCUGCUGUGUAAGAUGCUGAAGAAGCUGAAGGAGGGCGGACACAGAGUACUCAUCUUCUCACAGAUGACAAAGAUGUUGGAUCUGCUGGAGGACUUCCUGGAGAAUGAAGGUUAUAAAUAUGAGCGUAUUGAUGGAGGUGUGACGGGUGUGAUGAGGCAGGAGGCCAUCGACAGGUUCAAUGCACCUGGAGCCCCACAGUUCGUCUUCCUGCUGUCCACCAGGGCAGGGGGUUUGGGCAUCAAUCUGGCGACUGCAGACACUGUUAUCAUCUACGACUCAGACUGGAACCCACACAACGAUAUCCAGGCUUUCAGCAGGGCUCAUCGUAUAGGUCAGAACAGGAAGGUGAUGAUCUAUCGUUUCGUCACCAAGGCGUCAGUGGAGGAGAGAAUCACACAGGUGGCCAAGAAGAAGAUGAUGCUGACCCACCUGGUGGUCCGCCCUGGUCUGGGCUCCAAAGCUGGCUCCAUGUCUAAGCAGGAACUGGACGACAUCUUGAAGUUUGGCACUGAGGAGCUCUUUAAGGACGAGAUUGGGGAGGGUGAUAAUAAAGAAGAAGACAGCAGCGUGAUCCACUAUGACGACAAGGCCAUUGAGAGGCUCCUGGACCGCAACCAGGACGCCACAGAGGACACAGAGCUCCAGAGCAUGAACGAGUAUCUCAGCUCCUUCAAGGUGGCCCAGUACGUCGUCAAAGACGAGGAUGAUGAGGAGGAGGAUGUGGAUAGGGAGAUUAUAAAACAGGAGGAGAGUGUUGACCCUGAUUACUGGGAGAAACUGCUGCGUCACCAUUACGAGCAGCAGCAGGAGGACCUGGCACGUCAGCUGGGCAAAGGCAAACGCCCUCGCAAACCAGUCAACUACAAUGACUGUUCUCAGGAGGACAGAGGUAGUAGACGGGAUUGGCAGGAUGACCAGUCUGAUAACCAAUCAGAUUAUUCCGUGGCCUCAGAGGAGGGAGAUGAAGACUUUGAUGAGCGUUCUGAAGCCAACUCUAGGCGGCCAAACCGCAAGGGCUUACGAAAUGAUAAAGAUAAACCACUGCCCCCCCUAUUGGCCAGAGUGGGAGGUAACAUUGAGGUGUUGGGUUUUAAUGCGCGUCAGAGGAAGGCCUUCCUGAAUGCAGUGAUGCGUUAUGGGAUGCCCCCACAGGAUGCGUUUACCACACAGUGGCUGGUCAGAGACCUGAGGGGCAAGUCAGAGAAAGAGUUCAAGGCAUAUGUGUCUCUGUUCAUGCGUCAUCUGUGUGAACCGGGUGCGGAUGGUGCUGAGACGUUUGCAGAUGGAGUUCCUCGUGAAGGGUUGUCACGGCAACAUGUCCUCACACGGAUUGGCGUGAUGUCACUGAUCCGAAAGAAGGUGCAGGAGUUUGAGCAUGUGAAUGGUCAGUGGUCCAUGCCCUGGAUGAAGGAGCUGGAGGAAAACAAGAAAGCAGCAGCCGUUGCUGCGGGUGACGACCCCAAAACACCAUCUAGUGGAACACCUGCAGACACGCAGCCCAACACACCUGCACCAGAGGACCUAUCCAAAGGGGAGGACUCAGAGAGGGAGAUGGAGGACCGGGGGGACGGGGAGGGGGACAGGAAACGAUCCAACAUACAGGAUGAUGAAAUUAUUGAAAUUCCUGAUGAUGGUGAGCUUCCCCCCAGUCCAGAGAGGAAGAGCUCAGUGAAGGAGUUGGAAGGAGACGUGGCCGCGUCCUCCUCAGACAAGGAGGGGGAGAGUCCAGACACAGGAGGAGGGAAGGAGAAAGACAAGGAUGGAGAGAAGGAGGAGAAAUCUUACUCUCCAAAAGAAAGUACCUCCUCACCAGAUGUUAAAGCAGAGAGCUCAGAGGUCAUAAGCACUUCAGACUCGUCUAAAACCAAAGAGCAGACCAGUGAAGAGAAGACUGAGAAAAUGGACAGCAGUCCCGCAGGAGAGGAAAAGAAAGACCUGAAGGAGGAGCGAGAUGGUGUAAAGACAGAUGACAGCAGGCUGCAGAAUGGUGAUGAAGGAGGAGGAGACAGCGAGGACAAGAAGAAAGCAGUCAAACAAAGGUUCAUGUUCAACAUCGCUGAUGGGGGCUUCACAGAGCUGCAUUCCCUAUGGCAGAAUGAGGAAAGGGCAGCAACUGUCACCAAGAAAACCUAUGAGAUCUGGCACCGUCGCCAUGACUACUGGCUCCUGGCUGGCAUCAUACAGCAUGGUUAUGCUCGUUGGCAGGACGUCCAAACUGACCCCCGGUUCGCCAUCCUGAACCAGCCCUUCAAGGGGGAGAUGAGUCGCGGGAACUUCCUGGAGAUCAAAAACAAGUUUCUUGCUCGCAGGUUUAAGCUGUUGGAGCAGGCAUUGGUGAUAGAGGAACAGCUGAGGAGGGCGGCGUAUCUGAACAUGACGGAGGACCCAACGCACCCGUCCAUGGCUCUGAACACGCGCUUCAGCGAGGUGGAGUGUCUGGCCGAGUCACACCAGCACCUCAGCAAGGAAUCCAUGUCAGGAAAUAAACCAGCCAACGCAGUGCUGCACAAAGUCCUUAAACAACUGGAAGAGUUGCUCAGUGACAUGAAGGCUGAUGUCACACGUCUCCCAGCAACCAUUGCCCGGAUACCGCCAGUUGCUGUGCGUCUGCAGAUGUCGGAGCGGAGCAUUCUGAGCCGAUUGGCCAGUCGUGGGCCAGAGGUCACGCCAAACCAGGCGCCCCGUUGACUCUCAGCUGACCUUUGACCCCAACCUCUCGUUAAGCCCUUUCCUGAUUCAGACUAGCUUCCCUCAGUCACACCCCCAUACCGGGUCAUGUGACCCUGGGCUACGAACCCCGCCACCUCUGCGGAGAGAGAGGGAGAGAGAAGAGCCUCCACUGUAAUCUAGUCUCCCUUGCUAACAAUUUUCUUUCCAGACCUCAGACUUUACAGUGUCUCUAGUGCCCCGUGCUGAGAGGUGCUGGGAUCACUCUGUCCUGUGUGGGCUUUUCUCACUGCGGUGUGUCUGCCCUGCUCAGGUCACCCACCUUCUCCUCCCAUGUCGUGAUGUUCUCAUGCUAGUCUAACUGCUUCUUCCUGUUUGUACGGUUGUAACGCUCCCCUCUGCUGUGGAGAACGUCACCCCGACCCUGACCCCAACCCUGACCCUGACCUUCUCAAAUGUUGCAGUGUUGUAGAGAUAUUUCACAACACAAUUUGUAGCUGCUUGAGCCUUGUGUCUGGAUGUCUGGAUCCACACACACCCGAAUGUGACUGUACAAACACUUCACUCCAAGACUGCAGGUGUGUGAGCAGUGUGUAAAGAGUUCCAUUGUUCUCCACCUGACAAGCCCACACAUGUGCUCCCUUUCUCAUUAAUGAUUGGUUCCUUGGAUGAUGUCACUCAAAGUACCCGAAAGCCCAAAAAACACCCAAAGGAUGCGUUUCAACAAAUUCUGUCCACUUUUACAGUUUAAAACCAUUUGUUUAGCUCACUUUGUAAUUAUUGUUGUUACCCUGGUAUUGUUUAUAUACACACACACACACACACACACACACACACACACACACAUACAUA